CCAUUUUGAACACAGAUUCCAUAUUUAACAAAUUUCUGGCGAUGCUGUGUGCAAUCUCUGGUGAAGCGCCUCAGGAGCCAGUGGCUUCUCGCAAGAGCGGCCACGUAUUCGAGAAGCGAUUGAUCGAAACAUACAUUUCUGAAAAUGGAAAGGAUCCGGUAAACGGGGAGGAGCUUACUGUCGAGGACCUUGUCGACUUAAAGUCUGCGCGCACAGUUCGACCGCGGCCUCCGACCCUGACUUCGAUACCAUCUCUUCUUUCGGUGUUUCAAAAUGAAUGGGAUGCCCUUACUCUGGAGACAUACACCCUGCAUCAGCAGUUGGCGCAGACGCGGCAGGAAUUGAGCACAUCGCUUUAUCAGCACGAUGCGGCGGUCCGUGUGAUCGCGAGAUUGACUAGAGAGCGCGAUGAGGCGCGAGAAGCUCUUUCAAGAAUCACAAUCAAUGCCGGCGGAAACGUUGCCAAUGGGGACACCAUGCAGGUCGACAGCCAAGGUCUGCCGGCCAACAUCAUUGCUAAGAUUGAUGCUACGCAAGAAAGAUUAUCCAGCACUCGUCGCAAACGGGCAGUACCGGAUGGCUGGGUCACUGGCGAGAACAUUCAAUCAUUUGGCCCCAUAGGAAAAUCGGAAUCGCUCUACCCCGGCAGCAGGUCAAUCGCUGUUCAUCCGGCGGGCGACCUUGCCCUUGUUGGCGGAUCCGAUGGCGUUGCUGGAGUCUACUCUAUCAGUCAGAAUAAGCUCGUUCAAACACUAAAGAGCGGAAAGGGUGCCGUCACGGACGCUCUCUGGUGGGGCGAUAAAGCCAUCGUCAGCACUGCAGGUGGUUCGGUGCAGGUUUUCAGCGAGGGAUCACAGAUCGCAUCGUUCGAGUCACAUGCAGGCGAGGCCACGGCACUAGCUCUGCACCCAAGUGGUGAGAUUCUUGCUUCUGUAGGCGCAGACAAGAGCUAUGUCCUCUACGAUUUGGAGAACUUGAAGGUUGUCUUGCAAAUCUACAGUGAUUCUGAGCUCUUGACUGCUGGGUUCCACCCUGAUGGACACCUUUUUGCUGCUGGUGGUACUGAUGGCCAGAUCAAGAUAUUUGACGUCAAAACAGGCACCAAUGCCGCCAGCUUUGAUAAUGCUAGUCCGCUCCGAGAUCUUACCUUCUCAGAGAACGGCACAUGGCUUGCCGCUGUUUCCCGCGGCCAGAACAGUGUCGCCAUAUGGGACUUGCGAAAGGCGGCGCAAACAAAGGUGCUGGAGAUUGGUAGCACCGUUGAGGGCAUUGCUUGGGAUUACACGGGCCAGUUCUUGGCGGUUUCCGGUCCCAGCGGUGUCUCUGUUCAGCAGUAUUCUAAGUCAAGCAAGCAAUGGUCCGAGCCGCUGAAAAGUGCAGUGUCUGCAGCCGCUGUUGCAUGGGGCCCUCAGGCUCAAAGCCUCGUUGUGGUUGACAGUACUGGUGUCAUCAGCACUCUAGGCUCUAGCUAGAGGAAGAGCGCCGACGAUUUCUUAAUCUCAGGUCCAAAAGAAAAAUGGCGGAAAGGGAAGUUUCUUUUUUCUACGGCGGAAUGUACAAUAAUAGUCUCACUUCAUAGCCGACCUGGCGGGAACAGUUGCGAAAGUUUUCUUUUGUCCUUAAUUAUCGAAAGAAUUUUAUAAAAAACCAACUAUGAACAGCAAAGCGCCCAACUGACAU